CCUACCGAGGCUCAGAGUAGACACAGUCCGCCUGGGAGGCUCUGCUGCCCGGCCGCAGCGUCAGGGCCAGACCGGUGAGAGACCAGAGGGAAAAAUCAUUCUCUCCUGCUGCUUUCACACAUCAAGGGGCUGAGCAACUGUGUGUAUGCUGUGUGAGUGUAUGUGUGUGUGUGUGGGUGUAUGUGUAUGUGUGUGUGUGUGUGUGUGUGUGUGUGUGUGAUUCCAAGAAAACACCCCACUGAGUUCCCCCUCAGAGCUCAGAGCACACUGCACAGGCGCAGAAGGCAGCUCAGUGCUGGAGAAGCUGAAAGGCACUAAGGCAGCCGAACCGACCGACGCACCGACACUUCCCAGCGGACCGCCGCCGCUGCAGCCUCCAGAGUACCGCCGGAAAACAGGCGUUUUCUGGAAACACGUGCGGCCGCUGUGGGAAGGGGAACACCCCGCUGUUUACAGACUGAAGCCUGAGCUGCGGUGCACAGGGAUGGAUUUAAGCAGAUGAUAGCUGACUGCAUGAGAGAUGCUGCAGGAGAAGGCUUCAGCUGUGACGGAUGAAUGUGUGAACCGGGUCCAGACCGGCGGGGAGACAGAUCUCCUUCCGGACCAGUCACGACUGGGCCUGUCCACAGCUCCCACCAUUCCCAGCUCCAGUGAGCCCGACCAGAACAUUGAGAACAUUAAGGUCGUUCUUCAUGAGAGGGAGCUGUGGAAGAAGUUCCAUGAGGCCGGCACAGAGAUGAUCAUUACUAAAGCAGGCAGGAGGAUGUUUCCAAGCUACAAGGUCAAAGUGACAGGGAUGAACCCCAAAACCAAGUACAUCCUACUAAUUGAUAUUGUUCCGGCUGAUGACCACCGCUACAAGUUCUGUGAUAACAAGUGGAUGGUGGCUGGCAAGGCCGAGCCAGCAAUGCCAGGGAGACUCUAUGUGCACCCUGAUUCCCCUGCCACUGGAGCUCACUGGAUGAGGCAGCUGGUAUCGUUUCAGAAGCUCAAGCUUACAAACAAUCAUCUGGACCCUUUUGGGCAUAUCAUCCUAAACUCUAUGCACAAGUACCAGCCCAGACUACACAUAGUCAAAGCAGAUGAAAAUAACGCGUUUGGAUCCAAGAACACAGCCUACUGCACUCAUGUCUUUCAUGAGACAGCCUUCAUCUCUGUAACCUCUUAUCAAAACCACAAGAUCACUCAGUUGAAGAUAGAGAACAAUCCAUUUGCCAAAGGAUUCAGAGGUAGUGAAGAAGGAGAUCUGCGUGUUUCAAGACUACAGGGGAAAGAAUAUCCAGUGAUUUCAAAGAACAUGGUUCGCCAGAGGCUCAUCUCCUCGCAUAGUCACCUAGCGGGGAAGCUCGGCGCAGGAGUUCUAACAGGGCACCCUCAAGUCCUGUCCUCUUAUCAGUAUGAGACUGGGGUUCCUUUGUCUAACUCAGACCUCCAAGAUCCUAUCUCGAACCACUUCCCUCAGAGCAGAGAUCCCAGCCUUCUGUACCACUGCUUCAAACACAGAGAUAAUGCCCGACACCUGGAGCUUGGAUGUAAGCGGCCAUAUCUAGAGACAUCAUCUGCGGUGUCAGAGGAGCAUUACUUUCGUUCACCUCCCUCUUACGAGUCGCCCCUUCUGUCUCAUCCAUACUGCACUGAGGCAAUCACCUCCAGAGAGGCUUGCAUGUAUGGUAGCAUGGAAACAGAGUCUGGAUCUGGGGCAGGGGACACAGAUGACCUGACCAACUCCCCUUCAAUAAAUUGCAACAUGUGGGCUACAAUGCAGCCCUACCCUCGCUAUAGCGUGGAGGGCGUACCAUACCAGCCCUUCACUGCUCACUUCACCAACGCUGCCACGGUCACCCCUGUGGUACCACACCCCACGUCAUCCAUGGUGUCACGGCCGCAGGCUGACCUGGGGGUCUACAACUCAUCUACAGUCCAGCGAGGUCUGCCUGUCAUACCUCCAUCAUCUUCCUCUUCAUCCUGCUCUCCAGCUGUUCCAGGAUCCAGAGAUAGGUCAGGCCAUCCACCUCUGUACCACAAGAAGCCAGGGUCACCACUGCGGCCUCACAGAGAUUUCUCAGCCUAUCCUGCACAAGGUACUAUAUCCAUCCGGGAUCCGUCCUAUCAGUACCAGGUGGGGCUGAGUAGUGCAGGGACUCACUGGACUGAUAGCUAAUGUGGACCACUGGAGAAACCAGCUUUGUCCAAUCUUCAAGUCUGAAAUUAAUCAAGGUUUCCUAGACCCCACUGUGGGCUGCCAACACCAAGCAAUGGUAAUGAAAUACAGCCAUGAUCAUUACCCAACUGCACUCCAAAGCCAUUUAAGUCCAUGAAUUCUCACUGAAGCACAAUUACAGACAACACUGUUUGUGAUGAACAGUGGUUGACCUCCUCUUUACUUAUGCAGAUGUGUAGCAUAUGUACUAUAAGCCUGUGAUUGGUUGGGUGGUUUUCACACAUUCAAAUGCAAAAUGCAGGUUUGAGCAGCACUUAAAGUAUAUCAGAGGGAGCUUCAAGCUCAAGGGUACAAGAAGUGUUAACACAAUAUAAAGUUUGACAGCUUAAUCGCUAAUAACUAUCUAAGUAGUCUUAGAUAGCUAAGUUGAAGUAAAAACAAGGAUAACUUUUGGGACAGUAACAUAGACAAGGGAAAAUUGAAGACUUUGCUCUUGAAAAUAAUGUGAGGCUCAUUCAGAUAUGUAGGAUGUGUACAUGAUGGCCAAGCAGGGAAAACCAAGCACUGACAGUUUUAGCAUUUUUUGCAGAGCUUCCCCUAAAUUGAGCACAUUUAAAAGAUAAAGCUGGUGUUAUUCUAUAUUUUUCAUAUUGUAAACAAAUCUCAUGAAAAGACCAAAACCAACAAUGUGUUUGUCUCUAAAUACUCCUCUACCUUGUCUGUGGCAUUUAGACUUGGUGUCAUUCAUCCCUACUGAAGACAUAAAUCUUUAAAAGCAAGUAUGAAAUAUAUAGUUUAAUUUGAAAAAAAGGCCCAGUAAUUUCCUUAAAUAGUGGGACACUGUAGUAUUUAGAAGACAUUACUCAAACAGGAGGAAACUGCAGUUUUUGGAGACUAUUUUCAGUGGCUAGUGUAUGUCACUGAGUGCAAAAAUGUUUUUAAUAGUUAUUGGACAACAAUGGAGCUCUAUGGCACAGAGGAAUUAGAUAUAUCAAGCUUUGAUACACAAACAGUGCUUGUUAGUAGGAUCAAUUUAUUGUUGGUUUAAUCUUUCCAUGGCAUCUGUUGCCAGAAAAAAAAAGAAUAUUGCCAACCUCUUCCUUUAAAACGUGUUCAACUGGGAAGAGUCGGGAUUGAUGCCCAAAGGUUUUCACGGAUUUGAAGUCAUGACAACCCAGAUGCCUCGAGUCCCACUUAUUUGCAUGUGCCAAAAUGAGAUUUCUUACAUCAUGAUCAAUAGGGUUAAAUUGCAUUUUGUUAAUAGAGAUUGAUCAUAUCAGAAUAUAGAGAAAUUUACAUUCUUGGCACAUAUAAACUAAGAAUUGUAUGUGCAGACAUUAAAUUUGCUAGCUAUGUAUGACAGUCUUUUCCCAUGAUGUACAUACAAAAAAUUAAAUCAAAUGAAAGGUAUGACACACAGCCACCCAUCAUGAGAGUUAACAGUGUAUAGUUCUUAUCCAAAUACUUUCUACAGGUCAUGCUUCAGACUGAGCCAUAGUACUGUGGUUGGUCGUCAAAGCUUGGCUCCAAACUCCAAACUCCAAACAAUAUUCUAGUGAAACGGGACAGUAAAGAACUCUCAGGCAGAACCAGAUGGGAGCUUAAAGAACUGUUGUUAAGCCAUGGUGAGUACCGGAAAAGAGAGCUGCACACAAAUCCCACUCCCAAAUGACUUACUUGGAAAAAAUCCUUGCAAGACUGCAAAUACAAAACAGCCUGAGUGGGCAAGGAAGCUGAAAGAAAAGGCUCUCAGUAGCAUUACUUACAGUAGAGUUUGAACUUGCAUUGACAAGGAAAGAUUAUUUGUAGGACAGGAUGAUGAUCCCUUAUGCAUUUGUGCAUUGUCCCUUAUUUCAUGUUGUUAAAUUCAGUAUAACAUUUUUUUGAAUAUAUUGACAUUUUUGCACACCUGACAAAUAAACAUUUUCAUGCCUCCAAAUGUUUGCUAUAUUUAAUCGAGGACCAACACUGCACAACUAUCCAACCUCUGGCUGUUUUAGAACUCUUUAGCUGGUUCAUUAUUGUCACAUCAAGUGUGAACUGUUCGAAAACCUCUCUAACAGUAAGAACAAGCAAUGUUUGUUGUUUUUACAGCCCAGCAUACCUAGGAAAUAUGUUCAUAUUAGACAAUUCCGCAUCUCAGGAUUUAUGUCCAUUGCCAGUGUACAGUGCCAGUGAAGGAGGUAGUGUGCCCUUUAAGUAGCUUGCAGGAAACUGAGUGUUUUAGUUUCCUAACUGUUUCCUAACCAUAGUUUAUUUGCUAUAACCAUAUUUCUGUCAAAUUAACCAUACUGUAGUUGUCAUUUGCACGUAUUGAAGUAAACAAGAAUGAAAAAAAACAACAACAAAAAACAUUGGCAUUUAAAACAAAAUAAAUGCAGUAUUGUCCAAUAUCAUCAUUCUUACUGUAUGUAGGAGAGAACGUCACUGCAUGCCAAGAUUUAGCAGAGUUUCUCCCUCACAAGAAAACGCAGUAUUUACCUCAUAGAACAAUACUAAAGAUUUUAUACCCAGUAAUACACCAUGCAAAAUACGAGAACACCACUUGAGUAACAAUAAGUAAAUGUUGAAAAAGAAAUCAAAACUCAAGGUAAAGCCAAUUUGUUGAAAGGAAUGUAGUGCGAGCAGGAUGAGUACAUCAGCAUACAGGGCACUGCUUUCUCUCACACAGAGCUCUCAUUAGAUCAUGAGUUAUGCUGAUGGCUAGGUCCUGGUUCAUGUCAGCACCUCUUUCUCUAUCUCUUUCUCAGCUGUUGAUGCAUUUCACAUGAAGGGAGGCUCUUCAUAGAGAGCGACCGCUCAAAUCAACAAAUCAUCAGCCAGCUAUCUUGAAAUGCUGAGCUUUUACUUGCCUGAUAAUAGCGAUCAGACAUUAAUUUAGCCGUCAAGAUACAGUUUCGGUCAGCAGUGUUACUCUAGCUUUGAGUGUUUUGGCAAAUUUUAGUACCUUAAACACAAAUCAUGUUCAAUCUUCAUUUUUUCCGACCACUUUCAAAUACAUGCUGUUCAGUUUUAGAUUUUUUUAGAUGUAUGGUGAUUACCUUUCCAGGUGGUCAUCGGUUUCCAUUCAUUUCAAUAUGGCAUAAAAUUCAGAUUGUACACUUUAAACUUUAAA